UUUGGCAGCAUCUGACCGGCUUAGAUGUUUGCUUUUCAAUCUGUUGAUGUGCUUUUUGGGAGCUCUCUUGUCCGCCAGAGGAAACAUCUAGAAGAAGCCCGACGCCAAAUCUUAGCCAUUCCCUAGAGUCCCCAAACCCCACCAGCCUCCAGAGAGGGGAAGGCGAAGCUGAGAGAAAACAGGCGUGCCUGAAGCGUGCGGGCUUCAGCGGCUCCCAGGGAGUAGGGUGGCAAAGACAGGGAUUUCGGCACCCACCCACCCACCGGCCUGCGUCCACGCGCACCGGUCCGCGUCGCCUGCCUUUCUUAGCACUCCUCUCGUGGUAUCUGGAACCUGGCACUGGAGAUGGAGCAGUUGCGACGCUCGCUGGCUGCGCCGUGUGCCUAGUGCGUUAGUCGACCUCGCGGUCGCGGCGCCUGCAGCCGGCGCGCUCCGCUCGCAGCGAGCGGCGGACCAGUGGGGACAGCGCGCGGCGCGCAGGAGGAGGGGACGCGGCUGAGCGCGGGGCGCCGGCGCGGGGCUGCGCGCUGCGCCGCGAGGGACCCCGGGACGGCGCCGGCCGAGCCAUGACGGACGCCAGCAACAGGAAAGAGGGCUUCAAAAAAUGCCGAAGUGCCACUUUCAGCAUCGAUGGCUACAGCUUCACUAUCGUUGCAAAUGAAGCCGGAGAUAAGACUGCCAGACCACUUGCCCGCUUCUCCCGGUCUAAGUCGCAGAACUGUCUGUGGAACUCCCUCAUCGAUGGUCUCACAGGGAAUGUCAAGGAGAAGCCACGGCCAACGAUUGUCCAUGACCCCCGGCCACCGGAGGAAAUCCUAGCUGAUGAAUUGCCUCAGCUUGAUAGCCCGGAAGCCUUGGUGAAAACGUCCUUCAGGAGGAAAUAUAAGAAAACGUCCCAGAGGUUACGGUCUUUGGUCAAGCAAUUAGAGAGAGGGGAGGCUUCAGUGGUCGAUCUUAAGAAGAAUUUGGAAUAUGCAGCCACAGUGCUUGAAUCCGUAUACAUUGAUGAAACCAGGAGGCUCCUGGAUACGGAGGAUGAGCUCAGUGACAUUCAGUCAGAUGCGGUGCCUUCUGAGGUCCGAGACUGGCUGGCCUCCACCUUUACACGGCAGAUGGGGAUGAUACUCAGAAGGAGCGAGGAGAAGCCGCGGUUCAAGAGCAUCGUCCACGCAGUGCAAGCUGGGAUAUUUGUGGAGAGAAUGUAUAGACGAACAUCAAACAUGGUUGGACUGAGCUACCCACCAGCUGUUAUUGAAGCAUUAAAGGAUGUGGACAAGUGGUCCUUUGAUGUCUUUUCCCUCAAUGAAGCCAGCGGGGAUCAUGCACUGAAAUUCAUUUUCUAUGAAUUACUCACACGCUAUGAUCUGAUCAGCCGUUUCAAGAUCCCCAUUUCUGCACUUGUCUCAUUUGUGGAGGCCCUGGAAGUAGGAUACAGCAAGCACAAAAACCCUUACCACAAUUUGAUGCACGCUGCCGACGUUACACAGACUGUGCAUUACCUCCUCUAUAAGACAGGAGUAGCAAACUGGCUGACAGAGCUGGAGAUCUUUGCUAUAAUCUUCUCAGCUGCCAUCCAUGACUAUGAGCACACCGGAACCACCAACAAUUUCCACAUUCAGACCCGGUCUGACCCAGCGAUUCUGUACAAUGAUAGGUCUGUUUUGGAAAAUCACCAUUUAAGUGCAGCCUAUCGCCUUCUACAGGAGGAUGAGGAAAUGAAUAUUUUGAUUAACCUCUCAAAGGAUGACUGGAGGGAGUUUCGGACCUUGGUAAUUGAGAUGGUGAUGGCUACGGAUAUGUCCUGUCAUUUCCAGCAAAUCAAAGCGAUGAAGACUGCUCUGCAGCAGCCAGAAGCAAUUGAAAAGCCGAAAGCAUUAUCCCUGAUGUUGCACACGGCAGACAUCAGCCAUCCAGCAAAAGCCUGGGAGCUCCACCAUCGCUGGACGAUGUCACUCCUGGAGGAGUUCUUCAGACAGGGUGAUAGAGAAGCAGAGCUGGGGCUGCCUUUUUCUCCUCUGUGUGACCGGAAGUCCACCAUGGUUGCCCAGUCACAAGUAGGCUUCAUUGAUUUCAUUGUGGAACCCACCUUCACUGUGCUCACGGACAUGACAGAAAAGAUCUUGAGUCCACUAAUUGAUGAAACCUCUCAAACUGGUGGGACAGGACAGAGGCGUUCAAGUUUGAACAACAUCAGUUUGGCAGAUGCAAAGCGAUCAGGUGUCAAGAGCUCUGGCUCAGAAGGAAGUGCCCCAAUCAACAAUUCGGUCAUCCCUGUUGACUGUAAGAGUUUUAAAACCACUUGGACUGAGGUGGUGCACGUCAAUCGGGAGAGAUGGAGGGCCAAGGUGCCCAAAGAGGAGAAAGCCAAGAAGGAAGCAGAAGAAAAGGCUCGCCUGGCCGCAGAGGAGAAGCAAAAGGAAAUGGAAGCCAAAAGCCAGGCUGAAGAAGGUGCAUCUGGUAAAGCCGAGAAAAAGGCAUCUGGGGAAGCUAAGAAUCAAGUCAACGGAACAGGAACAGACAAAAGUGACAGCCCUCGUGGGCAAAAUUCCAAAGCUGAGAAGUCAUCAGGAGAAAAGCAACAGAAUGGUGACUUGAAAGAUGGUAAAAAUAAGACAGACCAGAAGGAUCAAUCCAAUGUCAGAAAUGAUUCAAAGAAAACAGAUGCAGCAGUUCUCCACUCUGGAUGCACAUUAACAUCACCUGGGGUGGGCUUUGAAAAUCCGGAUGCCAGAGCUCCAGCCCAGUACAAUGAACACAGAAUCUCUGGGUGUGGCGCUCAGGUAACUGCAUAUUUAGAACGCUUCCCUGGUGAUCCUAAAGUGCACGCCUGCUCAGACCAGUCUGGAGACCAAGAACCAUCACAUGCACAGAGGCACAAAGAAGCAUUCUCAUGGCUCACCAGCCCCAAGCACUAGCUCCACGAGUUGCCUUACCUUGCCAGGGGACUACGGAUAAAACAUCCAUCCAGAGGAUUCCUCAGAAGAGAACUGACCAGCCCUGAGGUCUGAAGACAUUUUAGGAAGCUUAUGUUGCUUUUACAAAAACAAAAUAUUAUGUUACUGAGUUACUGAAGUUACUGAGUGAUUAACUUCAAAAAUGGUAACUUCUGAUCUUCCUAAUACAGGUUUUUAACAGUAAAUACUUUGGUACGUAUUGCACAUCUAUCAAAUAUCAGGGACAAUGCUAGGUUCUUCACACGUAUUAUCUCAUUUAAUCUUCACAACAACCCUCUAAGGAAGGUACUGUUAUCUCCAUUUCACAAAUUAGGAAACUGAGGCAUACUCAGAUAAAUAGCUUGCCCAAAGUUAGCAGGUGGCAAGCCUGUACUCUUUGCUCGAGUUUCAUUGUCAGGGGUAAAGACUGAUGUCAAACAGUCCACACUGGAACAGCCUUUCUUUCACAGUUGUACUCUGCCUGGGGUAGAGUGCAAUUAUGCAUGUACCGAUUUCAGGCACAACUGUGGGGUGUGGAGGGAUCCUGCAUUGUCUUAAUUUUAAGUAAAGAUUCCCAUGAGUGGUCUCUUUGCAAUUGCCUUUUAUCUUGAGUUCAGUUUAAGGGAUGCCAGUUGUCAUUCUUACUAUGGACUAGAGCAAAACACAUUUGUUAUGCGUGAUUUAGCACUUCAGAGCUCUAGAACCCUAAAGAAAUUUAACUUUACAGGCUUCUUCUGGCAGAGGUCAUAGUUGGUGUGAGCGAAGGACAGAGCUACUGAUUUGGCCUUACACUCCCCAUCUUCAGAUGCACACGUGGAAAAAUGCACACACUGAUGAAAAAAAAUCGAACAAAAGACUUAGCUUGCGUAAUCUCCCAAAUAUUUUUCUCCUUUGAAAGAGCAUGCCUCAUGUUCUUUGUGCUUGCCAGGAGAAACAAAAUGAAAACAAAGAACUCAAUUGAAGAUGAUCAUCUCCUUGAGGGAGGACUUUCUUAUUCUUUUUUAUUAAUUAAAAUAAUAUUUUUAUUAAAUUAAAUGAUUAAUCAUUAAAUCAUAAGGUUGCAGGGCAUUUAAUAGCUAGCAGUUGUUUGAAUAAGAAAAGAGCUUAUUUUCCAGCCUUACCUAAUUGCUUCUGCUCUUUCACCUGUUUGUCAGAGGGACUUGAAAACUGUGCCUCAGCCUUUCCAGAUGAUAGUAAGACCUGAGUUGAUGUUAUAGCUUUGGUGUAAAACAAAAGAGCUCAGGCCUCAAAUUUGAAACUUCAAAGGAAAAGAACUUGCCGACAUUCUUCUUUGAGCAAACACGGGCAGCAAAUCUAGGUAUCAAGGCAUUGCUGAUGCAAGGGAGAAAUAUUAGGUUUUGUAGAUUCUAGUCAAUUGUGUCAGCUGGUGUGUAUUCUAAGUGAUUCCCCUCUUCUUUAGUAAAUGAGAGAUUUAUGAAGGUUACUGAGUAUGAUGCUGAGUAGUUUACUCAUUCAUUAAAUAUUUUUCAGCACCAGCUGUUAUCAGUACUGGGAUUAAAUUCUGGGGAUGCAAAUGUGUAUAACACCCUGUCCCAUCCUAAUGAAGUUUAUAGCCAGGAUCAGUGAUCUAUAGGGUGAAGCAUAAGGAAGAGGUAUCUCAAAGACCAGGGAAUCAGUGGUUCAAGAAUGGCUUCCAAUGAAGGUGACUCAAAGAAUUACUAUGGCUCAGCAUAAUAAAUGCAAAGAGUCUUAAGAAUCAAAAGUCAUUUGUUUGUCAUUUUCCUAAUUACGUCAAGAUUAGAGUUCAGGGACUGAAACUCCUUCCAUCCUGGUUGGGUAUCUAAGCCAUACUUCCCAUCUGGGGGUUCCAGCACUCUACACUCAUGGUUAGGAAUAGCCCAAAGUGAUUGAAUGAACCUCUGUAUUUGAUAAAUAGUUUAGAAUGUGGGAUAGAUGUUUCUGCUUUGCUUAAAAUGGCACUGAGUUUCAGCAAAGUGUUUCCCUUAGGUAGCUGAAUGGAAAAAAAAAAACAUAUAUAUAUAUAUAUAUAUAUAUAUGUAUUUUUUUCCCCCACAAAUGCCCAUUUUGGAUAAUUAGCCUUUUGUGAAUCACAGUGGUGUGUUCUCUGCCAAAUAGUCACAAAUAAAUUCAUUAAGUUAAUCUCUUCGUUGUGUGCUGAGGUCUUUCAUGUGGUAAAAUCCAUUUGUAUGGAGAAUGACAUGACUUUUCUAUACUAUAAUAAGAAAUCCACCAGGCAGGCCACCAUUAAAAGGCUCCUGGUGAUGACCUUUCAUCUCCUGUGCUGUGUAAUGAUGGUAGCCACUUACCAAGCACCUACGACAUACUGGUACUCCGCGAGGUUGCAAGGUACCAUACGUACAUUAUCUCAGUUAUAGCCCCUUUAAAAUCCUCACAACAACCAUGCAAAGAAGUUACCAUUUUCCCCAUUUUACAGAAAAAAACAAAAACAAACCCAAACCCCUGAAUCCCAAAACAGAUUAUCUCCUUAGGAUCUCACAGCUGGUAAUAGCUUAAUCCAGUUCUGUGACAUCCCAAACCCCGCUUCUCUCACAAUACCACACCAUCUCUCCCAAAAGUAGAUCUUCGUGGAUUUGAUUCUUGUCACAGAUCUUAGCAUGUGGCCAAGGGUUGGCCACUCCUGUGUGCAAUGACCAGACCCUGUCAGCUGCCCCAAGCAUCCCUCGAAACUUAAGGAGAAGCCGACAUAUUCUCAAAACAAACUCGGCACCUAAGCCAGUGGUUCUCAACCUGGCUACGAGUUAGAACCACUGGGCGUUACAAACAUACUUGCUUGGGCUUCACCUUAAAAUAACAGAUUACUUUCAAGACUCCUGGAGGUGGGGCUUAGGAAUCAGUAAAUUUGAAGCUUUCCAGGUGAUCAGAUGGGCAUCCAGGGUUGAGAAAUGCAGGUGGAAGCAAACAGCUUCAGGUUGGAUGAAGGGCAACAAAACUAUGUGGUUUAUUUUUUUCCCUGUGGCCAUGUAUUCCUCUGGGGACCUGGAAAUGCUGGUCAGGUGAUCUUUCCACACUAGGGAGUGGUUUGGUUCAGGCAGUGUCAACUGGCCUUUUCCUGGAUAGCUUCUCAGACAGCAAGCUUCCUGUCUCCUGUGCUCUUUGCUCUGUGAGCUUCAGAUAUGGAACCAGUAGAUUAGUUAGUAUUCUCAUUUUCUUGAGGAAAAGUCCUUGGAGAACCAGAGUCUUUUCUAAUGUAGAUGCUGGGUUUAAGUAUUCUAGUUUUAAUAUAAACUACACCUUGAAGAGUUUAAGAAUAGACCCUCACCUUAGACAGCACUACAUCUAAUGUGCAUGGUUUAAGAGUAAUUUUCUGGCUGGGUUCAUGUUGCUAGAUUGUAUUUCUGUGAAAGGAAGGAACACCUAUCAGCGUGGCCUUCAUGUAAUGCUUUCAUGUCUUGAGGAGACAAAGGAAUUCCCUAGGUGGGAAAGUAUUCUGCUGCUGAGUUUUCCUGGCAAUUGCAAAUCUUCCAGAUAGUUCCUGAAAUGUAGGAUCUUCUGCUGAGGAAAGGGAUGGAAACUGAUGCUGGGUGAACACCUGCUAUGUGUCAGCGCUGUGCUGGCUGUUUCUCAUACGUUGGUUUCUUGUCAUUCUCACUCAGGCCUCUGCAGUGAGUGUUACUAUCUCUGUUUUUUUCUUUUUAUGGGAAACUGAAAUUACGUGUCCCAGUCAUAUGGGGACAGAGAAAGAACUGAAUCUGACUCCCAAGGAUGGGCGGGGGGUGACUACAAAUGAGAUAAUGGUUAUAAAGACACUGAACGGUGCAGAAGACAGGCCAUGCUACUGGGCUCCUUAAACAGCAAAGCCCCGGGUUCACGAAAAGUUGUUAUACUUCACUUUCAUUUUUAAAACUGUUUGCUGGGAAGCCUAGAUAUUGAACAAGGACCAAGUCUCCUGUUCUGGUGAAACAAAUUAACAUCUUCCACUUGCCCUUUAAGGAAAAGACCAGCUAUGAAAACCAGUUCAGCCAAACUGCUAAUUUUAAAGGGUGUGUUUCUUCCUUGGGGACUGGGAUGAACCCGUCUUGAUUCCACUCUCUGUGGAGCUGUUGUUAACAGUGAGAGGAGUCUUCUGGCUGAUUGCCUGUCUUCCCAUGAGCUUAUCUUCAGAGCGCAGUUAAUUCAUACCAAAUGUGCUAGCGUGGCUGCCUCAAUCAGAAACAGGUAUAAGUCGGGUUUGGAAUUCCAGAUGCUCUGAGAAGAUGUCCCAGAAAGAAGCUAGAAGGAGCCCAGAGAGAAGACAAAUCCAGAGGGCGAAACUGAUGUCAGGCCGAUUCUCUGAAUAGGGCAGAAGGAGCGAGCAGCACCCUUUCCACCAGCCCAAGAUCGGCGCUGCCAGGGAUGGUGGUGCCUAUCCCAGAGUCUUUCCAGAGCUCUGUUAGCUCAGGGUUUAGUCCCCCCUUACCCACCAGCAGUUCCCCUGGACAUGGUCACUGUCACUACAAUAAUAAUAAAAGUUGCCCUUAACUGAAGGCCUUCUUUAUGCCAGACACUGUGUUUCACAUGGUUCACAUGCCCCGUCUCGCUGAGUCCUCCCAAGAAGCCCUGUUAAGUGUGUAAUGUUGCUAUUCAGAGGGGAAAACUGACACUUAGAGAGGGGAAGUGUUUGCCUAAGACUAAACAGCUGGGGGAGGUGAAGGAGGCUUUAAAACCAGGUCUCUGCGACUUCACAGCGCCCACCCUUGCUCUCAUGCCUUAGUCAGACACCAGGAACAUCUUCUUUGGUCUUACUCUUUGCUUUUCCAAGUGCUCAAUACAUUUAGAAAAGAUCGCUGACUCUAAGUGUUGGCUCUUCUUGUUGCAGAUUUCCUCACAGUCCUCAGGUGAUAGCAUCAAAGUUGUUUUUUCCAACAAAAAGAACAUUUUUUUCUUCAUUUCUCAGAGCUUUUGUCUUCAUGGUAGACCCAACAGGAAGAACAAACUUUGUGGGUAGGAGAGAAAAAAAAAAGCCUAAUUUUGAAGACCACAAGUAACUUUAAUUGAUGCAUAAAGGACUCCUCGCCAGCCAGGUAGUUUGUUGUGAUCAAACUAUAGCAAGAGCCCUGGCUAGUUCUUUACAGUUUAUAGAACACUUGCAGUGUGUGCAAAAUAUUAUUAUUGUUGUUCCCUUCGUGAAGAUAAGGAAGGGGAAGAUUGGCGAGACUGAAACAGUAGUUUGAAAACUCCGGCACAGUGGAAUUAUCUGAAGAGCUUUAGAAACUCCUGAGGCCUCAGCCUAACCCCACACAGACUCUGCUUUCAUGGGUCUGGAGUUCCCAGGAUUUUUCAAAGCUCCCCAGGUGGUUCUCAUAUGCAGCGAGGGGUGAGAACCACCAAGUUAAAAUUUUCACCCAAGACCCUGGGGCUCCCCUGACUUGAUUGCUUGUCUCUGGUGCUUAGACUUCUGGAACACCUGUUCCAUCCCAAACCCACAUAGGUGAGGGAAGAGACAAAAGCAGCUAUUUAAGAGAACUGUUAGCCACGAUUUUUAUGCAAUUCCUUCCUGAGCCAUUACCACACCAAUUGUAUUAAGGGGGAAUGAUUUGCGUUUGCUUUGGGGGAAGUAUGAUUAUGGCUACUAACAAUGGUAUUCAAGAAUCCCAUAUAUCACAGAUAUAUACUCAAAUUAUUGAUAGUAUAAAUGAAUUACUAUUUUAACUUAUUAUGGUAGUUAUUAAAACUUACUCUGAACUUUAGUCUCGGGCUAUUUUAAAUAUGUGAGGUCUGAGGCUAGACCAGUUGGAUGUGAACCCAGAAUCCAGACUUCCUGCAACGCUAGCUGUGUGAACUUCGGCAAGUUACUUAAGCUCAGUUUCCUCACUCAAACUUUGGCAAGUUACUUAAAAGCCUCAGUUUCCUCACUCAAAAAGGGGGUGAUAAUAGUGCUUGCCUGUUGAAUUGUAGUGAAGAUUAAAGGCUGGUUCACAUUAAAUUCUUAGCAUUGUGCCUAGUACACGAUGUAUGUCAGAUAUUAUCAUUAUUUUAGCAUCACGGAUCCUGAAAUGAAAAUCACAGGCUCAGUUCUUAUAUCAUUUUAUCCUCGUGGAACGGAUGUUGACAUGUCAAUCCCUUGCAAUUCAAAACUCAUGGAUGACUUUUGAGCAUUUUUAUAAGGACUUUGCAUCAAAUUUCAGACAGAUAUCAAUAGACACUAUUUUAGAAAUGGAAUGUAUGGCAGUGGGAUUUUGUUCUUCAUGUAAAACAACAUUUAUGAGGCAAUAAAUGAUUGUUUUUUCAUCUUGUUAGUGUAUGUGUUGUGUGUGUGUGUGUGUGUGUGUGUGUAAAUGCAGUUAGAAAAUGUUUACAUGUGGAAAUGUUUUUUCCAAAGGUCAUGUUAUGGCAUUAUCUUUGAAAGAGAAGAAAACACAUGCCCAACACUUUUUUUUUUUUUUAAAGGUGCCAAUAUUAGAAUUUAUUCAGAAGCUAAGAGUAAACCAAGUUUCUGCCUUUGGAGGCAGUCCUCUGCAGCAGAGAUUCAGAAAUUUUCCCAGUUGCUGCUGCUGUGCAGUGACCUUGCAAGAUCACACUGAAGCCGUGGGGGAUUGAAGACACAGAAUUGGGUUCUAAUGCAGAUCAUGGUUUACCGCACGGGAAUUAGGCUGCACGUAGAUUAGACGAGCACUAGUGACCAUUCCUUCUUCCUGCUCUCAGUGCAAACAACAGGGCAUACCAAAUUAAUAAGAUACAACAUGUUAUGACAUGAUAACGACAGUGAUAAUGAAUUAAUCCAGUCUUUCCGAAAGUGUGACAUGCUCCUGAUAAAGGGGGCGCCUUGGCCUAAUCAAAAUGAGAAAACCACAUGCUGUUGGCUGUUCUUAGGGAUUCAUAAUACAUGUCGCCAUCAUUUAGGUCUCUGAGAAGUCCUGCCAUGAACAUACUAGUUUAACCCAGUUACAUUUGAUACAUGAAUAAAUCGCAGUCUAUUUUCUGAAGAAGAAUAAGUCUAUGCAUUAUUUUCCUAUGGGGAAAAAAAGUAGCCACCAAGCAAAGUGGCCUCAGAGAGAGAGAAUAAAAAGUUGGUGAUGGCAGAUGAAAGGGCGGAAGUCAUAGACACCUUUGGGAGAAAUUGCGUUUAUGAAAAAGAUAAGAGUUAAACAAAUGAGGAUUAAAACUCCUAAAAGAGCGUUGACGUCUAUGAAAAACAAACAUUGUAAUUGUAUAAUAAAGGUUGAUGAUGUGUCA